GCGGCGGGGCGCCGGCAUGGUCCAGGCCGGCCCGAGCAGGGGGCCCAGGCGGGAACGCCCCGCCGCCUAGUCGGCGCGGCCCCAGGGCCGAGGCAGCCACGCCAAAGCCGAGGACAGCGGGGACGAGACAAACCUUGGUCCCCCAUCAUGACUCAUCAGCAUCCACGAGCUCUGGAGUUGGGCAAGACCGAGUGAGGACUCGGGUCCUGGUGGUCCAUGCUGGCUGUGUGACGUUGGGCUGGUGUCUGAGAUGCCGCUGCAGAAGAAGCUCUGGCAGUCCAUGGCCAAAGGGUUGGUGCUGGGCGCGCUCUUCACCACCUUCCUGCUGCUGCUCUACUCGUACGCGGUGCCCCCGAUGCAUGCCAGCCCUGCCUCCACGACCCCGGAGGGCGCCGCGUCCUGCUCCCCCGCCCCGGCGGAGCCCCAGCCGGGCCCGCCGGCCGCCAACGGCUCGUCCCGGGGCUGCCAGCCGCGGCGCGACAUCGUGUUCAUGAAGACGCACAAGACGGCCAGCAGCACCCUCCUCAACAUCCUCUUCCGCUUCGGCCAGAAGCACGGGCUCAAGUUCGCCUUCCCCAACGGGCGCAACGACUUCGACUACCCGGCCUUCUUCGCGCGCAGCCUGGUGCAGGACUACCGGCCCGGCGCCUGCUUCAACAUCAUCUGCAACCACAUGCGCUUCCACUACGACGAGGUGCGCGGGCUGGUGCCGCCCGGCGCCGCCUUCAUCACGGUGCUCCGCGACCCCGCGCGCCUCUUCGAGUCCUCCUUCCACUACUUCGGCUCCGUGGUGCCCUUCACCUGGAAGCUGGCGGGCGGCGACAAGCUGGCCGCCUUCCUGCAGGCGCCCGAGCGCUACUACGACCCCGCCGGCUACAACGCGCACUACCUCCGCAACCUGCUCUUCUUCGACCUGGGCUACGACAGCGACCUGGACCCGGGCAGCCCGCGCGUGCAGGAGCACAUCCUGGAGGUGGAGCGCCGCUUCCACCUGGUGCUGCUGCAGGAGUACUUCGACGAGUCGCUGGUGCUGCUCAAGGAGCUGCUGUGCUGGGAGCUGGAGGACGUGCUGUACUUCAAGCUCAACGCGCGCCGCGCCUCGGCCGUGCCGCGCCUGUCGGGCGAGCUGUACCGCCGCGCCACGGCCUGGAACCAGCUCGACGCGCGCCUCUACCGCCACUUCAACGCCAGCUUCUGGCGCCGCGUGGACGCCUUCGGCCGCGCGCGCAUGGCCCGCGAGGUGGCCGCGCUGCGGCGCGCCAACGAGCGCAUGCGCCGCAUCUGCAUCGCCGGCGGCCGCGCCGUGGACGCCGAGGCCAUCGAGGACGCGGCCAUGCAGCCCUGGCAGCCCCUGGGCGCCAAGUCCAUCCUGGGCUACAACCUCAAGAAGCGCAUCGGCGGGCGGCACGCGCAGCUCUGCCGCCGCAUGCUCACGCCCGAGAUCCAGUACCUGAUGGACCUGGGCGUCAACCUCUGGGUCACGCGCCUCUGGAAGCUGGUCCGCGACUUCCUGCGGUGGUGA